AGUUGAUCAGCACCGGCUUUGAGGAGAGCGAACAUCACCAUCAAUCUACACGUCCCGACCAGCUGGUUAACGUCUGUUAGCCCUUUAUGAAGUGAGACAACCAGUGUGAAGCUAGUCAACAGACGUAUCAUAAGGAGAGAUGUAUCAACUUCCAGUGAAUAACCUUACAAGGAUCAGGAGAGCGAGGAAACAAGUGAAAAAAGCACUUGGCGACAUUGGACUGGAGUACUGCAAGGAGGCAGUGGAGGAGUUCAAAGAGUUUUGCCCGAAUGAACAAUUUGUACAGGGCAGUCUUUGCCUUGAUAUCUGCGCAUGGGAUCCAUCAUACUCUAAAACACAGGAAUACAGAUCAAAGCCAUUUUGCUGCACAGAGUGUCCAUUUUCUUCCAAAUACUACUCUGGCUACAAGAAUCACUUCCGCAAUGUACACAGGAAAAUCUUUGACAGUAAAAUUCUGCUCAACUGUCCAUACUGCACGUUCACCGCAAGCAAGAGAACUUUGGAGACUCAUGUUAAAAUAUUCCACAUACCCAGUUCAGCACGGCAGAAUUAUGGUAACUCACAGGGAACUGCACUGGGAAAGAACGACAAAGCAUAUCUUGAUAGGGUCAGACAGGGAGAUGGUGUGGAAAAAGCAAUGUACUUUUGUAAAAAGUGCACGUUCCGGGACACACUCUACAAUGUUGUGAGAAGGCACAUCUACAGGGAACAUUUUCAGCAUAUUGUCUCACCAUAUCUUGGUAUGGUUUCUGAAGCAUCUGUCAAAAAUGGUGCUAAUUCUGUCAAUGGCAACAACAUCCUCUGUAAACGCUGCCAGUUUUCCACUCGUAGCUAUGAAGCUUUAGUGCAGCAUGUUGUAGAGUACCACGAGCGCAUUGGUGCUCAAGUAACCACCAUGAUUGGACAUGCUAAUAUUAUUGUCGCCAGGCCUCAGUCCUUGGCAGUCGCUUCGCCGAAGGCCCCUAUGAUUGUUCGGGGCCACACACUCAGAACGGACCAAAUAGCACAACCAGUAAUUGGCUAUUUAAAGCCAGUGGCCUCUGUUGUUAAAAACCAGUCCUCCAUCGCAGCCAGUAAGGUGCGCAUCACAGUUCCUGGUAAUAGCACUGUGGCUGAAAAUAAUGCUGCAGGUGUAAACACAGCGCAGACACAGAAGUGGAAGAUAUGUACAGUUUGCAAUGAGCUUUUUCCUGAAAACCUCUAUAAUGCUCAUUUUGAGAAUGCACACAAGGCAAAGAAAGUGUGGGCACUGGCCAAGUACAUCAUGAAAAUCCACAACUUCACCAGCAAGUGCUUGCUUUGCAACCGUUAUCUGCCCAGCGAUACACUGCUUAACCACAUGCUAAUCCACGGGCUCACCUGUCCACAGUGCCACUCAGCUUUCCACAAUGUUGAGAAAAUCAUCGAGCAUGUCGCCCAGGCUCAUCCUGAUGACUUUGUUGGACCCCCUGGUGCAUCACCUCUAACCUUUGAUCUCACCAUUAAACAAGAUAAGUCCAUAAACGUGCAGCUUGUUGUGCUCACCUUCAACAUGAAGGAAUCGAUCAAUGGUCAAGAUCAGUCAGCACCUACUCAGUAUAGUGUUCCACCUCUGGCCAAGCUUACCACUCCCAGAAUGAUUGAAAAGAAAAGUGAACCACUUGCUCGAAGUUUCCCCGCCCUGACUAAGAAGACUGAGGUUGGGAAGACUCUGUGUCCGCUCUGUUUUACCAUCCUCAAAGGUCCCAUCUCCGAUGCUUUGGCCAUGCAUCUGAGGGAACGACACCAAGUGCUCCAAACAAUGCAUCCUGUUGAAAAAAAGAUGACAUACAAGUGCAUACAUUGCCUGGGAGUGUACACCAGUAACAUGGUGGCCUCCACAAUCACGCUGCAUCUUGUGCAGUGCAGAGCUGUCGGUAGGAACCAGGCAAGCCAAGGCUUCAAGUCAGCUUUGACUCUCAACUCAUCUGGAGCUGGCUUCCUCAAAAGGCAGCCACCAACGCAGGCAACGUUCGAUCCCAAGAAGAUGAAAUUAAGCAUGGAGUCAAAUAUUUCCUCCACAACCGUUGGAAGUCAGUCAGAAACUGAUGACCUUGCUCUGGAUCCUAGAAGCUUCGAGCACAAGACGUAUGAGGCCAGGAAAGAUUUCCUGACGGCCUACUUCAACCGGCGACCAUACCUUUCUGCUCGAGAAGAGGAGACGCUAUCUGCAAGUCUGUGGCUCUGGAAAUCUGACAUUUCUAGUCACUUUGCAACCAAGCGAAGGAUGUGCGAGAGACAUUGUGAGACCAAGAAGCUGUCUGUGCUGCUCGGAUUUGACAUGCACGCCAUAAAUAAAGUUAAGCAUGACUUGGUCUUUGUGGAGAGCAAGAUUGGUGUCACCUCAACGGGAAGAUCUGGAGGCCUCAAGUCGGGUACUCCAAGCAUAGACCAAAACAAGCAGGGUGAGACACUAAACUGUACCUUAAAACUCAGCACAUGCACAGAGACCAUUUCUAUUGACUCAGACAGUGAAACAGAAACAGUGGAUAAACCUACUGAGAAUGGAAAUGUUGACACAAACCAAGACGAGAAUGUAAAAUGUGAGGAGCCAGAAAACCCGACAGAAGAGGCAGAACCUUUGAAUACUGACGAUCCCUCUAGCGAGAAGGACAGCUCUUUGCAAGAUGGGAAAGCAAAUCCUAUGAUGACUUUGUGUUAGUGUUCCUGCUCAGCGGUGUGCCUUGGUUGAGCAACGGUGCAUAAUUUAAGACAAAAAAAGGGUCUAAAGUCAGUUAUGAAUCACGAAUAUUUGGUCAAAUGGCAUGGGUGACUAAAACUGAAAUUCCAGAUUUUAACCACGUUACCAGUGUUGGAAAGAAAGAAAAAAAAAAAUCACACUAUAGUGCAUAAAUAUACGGCAUAUAUAAGUGACAUUGUAUAUAUUUUAGCCAUUCUUCUUUUGAUAGUUUCUUCAUGCAAUCUGUGUUAUUCACUUUACAGUCACAGGAUUUAUUAAAUGAUUAUGCCAACUUCCUCACUUACAUAGUUGUUGUUUUUUCUCAACUGUGACAAGAAACUGUAUAAUGUUGUCAUUUCACAUUUAGAACGUGUAGGAUAUGCUAAUUGCUUAUGUACAUGUUUUAAUAAAUAUGUUUUGUUUAAUAAAAACAUUUCAGUCUGUUA